AUGUCAGAGCCCACAACUGAUGAUUGGCUGGAUAUAGCAUCAGGAUAUUUCGAUAAGACCCAGUUUCCAAAUACAGUCGGGGUGGUUGAUGGAAAACACAUACGGCUAGAAUGCCCCAAAAAUAGUGGGUCUCUGUAUUACAAUUACAAAAAUUUUUUUUCACUUAUACUUAUGGCCAUUUGCGACUCAAAUUAUUGUUUUCGCAUCAUUAAUGUAGGAUCUUACGGCAAAGAAAGUGAUUGCAAUGUUUUUAAAAUGUCACCAUUCGGUAAGAAGUUAUAUUCCGAUAAAACAAACUUUCCACCCGAACGAUGUCUACCUGGGGAUGAUCAAGGCGUACCACAACCAUUUAUACUGGUGGCUGAUGAGGCUUUUGCUCUCAAUAAAAAUUUAUUGCGACCAUUUCCUGGCAGAACUUUAAAUGACGAACGACGGAUUUUUAAUUAUCGUUUGUCUAGAGCCCGUCAGUAA